GUUCUCAAACGGUAAUUUUCUUGUUGAGCAAAAAUGGUUAUAUUAACACAAGUUUUAGGUUAUGCGACGAAGUUACCGAGAAAUUUUAGGCGUCGAGGUUUAAUCGACAGUUUACGACUUCACGUAGCCGGAGGUGCCGGUGGAUCCGGAUUACCUCGAUAUGGUGGAAUAGGUGGAGCAGGAGGAAAUGUUUACGUUAUUUCGGAAAACAACUUAAUAUUAAAAGAUGUCAAGCAUAGACUGAAAGAUGUAAAUCUAAAAGCAGGAACAGGGGGUACAAGUACAAAAAAAGGACUUAUUGGAGUACCUGGAACAGAUUUAAAUAUUAGUAUUCCAAAUGGUAUUACUGUUUAUGAUGAAAAUCGUAUUAAACUUGGACAAGUGAAUUCAAAGAAUCCAAAACUAAUGGUUGCAAAAGGUGGAAAAGGAGGAUGCGAAAACACAGGAUACUGUGGGCUCAAAGGUGAAAAACGCACCAUUGUACUUGAUCUUCAGUUACUUGCUGAUGUUGGUUUAAUAGGCUUUCCAAAUGCAGGAAAGAGCACCUUUUUAAGUGCAAUUUCAAAAGCCAAACCAAAGAUUGCUGAUUAUCCUUUUACAACCAUAAGACCACAAAUAGGUACUGUAACUUAUAAAGAUUACAGACAAAUUUCUGUUGCGGAUUUACCAGGUUUAAUUGAAGGUGCACAUGUUAAUAAAGGGAUGGGUCAUAAAUUUUUAAAACACAUAGAAAGGACAAAAUUACUGUUAUUUAUUGUAGAUAUUCAUGGAUGUCAAGUUUCUUUUAAGCAUGUACAUAGAUCUUGUUUAGAAACUGUGCUCCUUUUGAAUAAAGAGAUUGAACUUUACAAUCCUGACUUACUAGAGAGGCCUGCAAUGAUUAUAAUAAAUAAAAUGGAUAUGGAAGGGGCAAAUGAAAUCUAUGAUGAAAUCAAGCCAAAAUUAAAUAAUUUGUCGGAAUUCCUUUCAGAAUUCGAUGAAGCCAUCCAACCAAAGAGAGUAUUGCAAUUUGAUGAUAUUCUCACAGCAUCUUUGAAAUCAAAAGAUGCAGACGAAAUGCUGGUAAUAAAAGAAAAGAUCAGAUUUAUCAUUGAUAAAUAUGAAGAAGAAAAAGCUUUUGCUGAAGACAUGAAUUCAAAUGAGGACAAUUUACUUGCAAACUUAAAACGACGAGCACAACAGUUUGCACCUACACUUAUAUAAUUUACCGUUUAUUGGUUUAAAUACGUGAUAUCGUACAUCGAUAAUACG